UGUACUUUUGCAGCGCUGUGAUAUUGGCUCACGGAGCUUGAAAGUGCAUUUUUGCGACUCGCCGGCUUUGUGGGUUGCUUUUUGGCAGUGAUUGCCUCGAGACCAUCAAAGGGACCAGAUGUCUCUUCUCUAAGCCCUCCACCAUGCUGAAAUGAAGGCUUAAGCGCCAACCCUCGGCCCCCCACCAGAUGAACAACAACGGCACGACCAUGUCCGACUACGAGCGCAUCCGCCUGGUGAUCCUCGGCGGCGCCGGCGUCGGCAAAAGCUGCAUCAUCAAGCGCUUCCUGAUGAACACCUACUCGGACAAGUACCGCAGCACCAUCGAGGACCUCUACAACCGCGAGUACGACCUCGGCCACAUGACGCUCAAAGUGGAUAUCCUGGACACAGCCGGCGACAUGCAAUUCCCGGCGAUGAGGAGGUUGUGCAUUGCCACGGCGCACGCCUUCCUCCUGGUGUAUGCCGUGACGUCGGCGCCGUCCUUCGACUGCAUCAAGCAGUGCUUCGAGGAGAUCAGGGAACAGAGAGGAGACUACCAGGAGAUACCCAUCGUGGUGGCCGGGAAUAAGCUGGAUUUGACCUCCACGCACAGGGAAGUGAGGAUCGAGGAUGUGUCCGAGUGGGUCUACUGCGAGCUGCCCAAGUUAAGAGUGAAAGUGCUAGAGUGUUCGGCAAAGGACGACAUCAACAUCAAGGAAAUAUUCCGUUCGUUUCUGACGCUCUCGAGGAUAUUUCCUCGAGAUACCGAAGAUUCCAGUGGCUUGAAACGCCGAUCCAGCGCGUACGUUUCGGCGAGUAAAGGGGCCAGAAGGGCGGCGAGUCCUGCCCCCGAAAAGGACAAACAAGGAGGGUCCUCGGAGGCUAGAGAGACGGCCAAGCCCAGGUCGAGGUCCCUCAUACGGAGGGCCAGCAGGAAGACCAAACAGCAGAUCAGGGACGCGCAUAAUGGAGUCGAGGAGUGCACCGUCUCGUAAAGACUGAAGAGUAGCGCAGUUUUACAGAAAAACUUUUGUGGGAAAAGCUCGAAACGGGCUACAAUCGCACAAAAAAACGAAUUUUAAUCUAAGUGUGUCCUGUAUCAAGGUUUAGUAUUACAAGCCGUCCCAACAACUGAGGAAAUCCCCCCCCCAAUGUGGUGUGUUUUCUUAAAAAUUACUCAUUGUUCCGUUUGCAAUAUUAAUUAUUAAAUACGAAGAAAUAAUAAAAGAAGCACAGUGGCGCAGCCAGAGAUUGAGUUUAGGGAGGGUUACCUACGAAAAAAAUUUGCGUAGUGAAGUUAUUAUCACUGAUGUACUUAUACAGAGUGGAAUUUUUAAUUGGAAUAAAAUUCAUAAUUUGAAAAUCAUGAAACGAGUCGAUUUAUAUUUUUCCUUGUGCAUCAUUUGACACAUAUGGUUUUUGUUUAUCUGCUUUCUGAAAUGCACAGCCACCUAUAACUUUUUUUUUCAAACGUAAUGGUAUGACAAGUGACACCUCAUUUGAAAGAUCGUAUUGCAAGGAAUACAAUAUACUAUUUAUUUUCUGAUAAUUUUUAAAGCCUACGUGAUAAUAAAUAAAAUCAAUUUUAUAAGAUGAAUACUAUUUAAUGCAACAAAUAUUUAAAAUGGAUAUCGUUCCUUUCCUGACAAACUGCAAAACCAUCAUAACAUAAAUUCCCUACGUUUUGCAACAUUUCGAGUGUGAUUUGCGAAAAAAUAGAAUUACAUUGAGGACCUUAAGGAACGUUUUAGAAAUAAAAUUAGGUAAAUCACUUUGCUCGGAAAGGAACGGUGCCCAUUUUGAACAUUUAUUGCAUUAAUAAGCAGAUAAACAAAAACCAUAUGUGUGAAAUGAUGUGCAAGAAAAAAUACAAAUUGAUCUGUUUCAAGAUUUUUUACAAAAAUCACAUAUUCAAAUUAUGAAUUUUAUUCCAGUUAAAAAUUCCACUCUGUAUUUGUUCAAAUGAAAAAUUUAACAAGUUAACUUUACGUUGUUAGAAGAAAAUGUAAUGAAAAAGGAAUGAGUUUUUUUAAUCACAUUUGACUAGUGACAUUUCAUCACAAUUUUUGUGUUGUUUUAUUUAGUUGUGCUUUAAUGUUUUAUUAGAGAUUUUUUUGGCGCGCAAACACAAAUAAUUUUUUAGUUUGAAGUUAUUAAAAACUUAUUAUUUUUUGUAAAGUACCUAUUGUAUUGCAAACACGAUAAAAAUUUGAUAAAAAAUAAUUUCAAAAUUAUCGGCCAACUAAGAUUUUUCACUUUUAUCCAAGAUAACUUUUUAGUAACAUAAAAAGUUAUUUAGAAAAGUUUAUAAAAGUCAGAAUCUUAGGUUCGUAUAAUUUCAAAAACCUCGGCCAACUUUGAUCACUCAUAUUUUCUUUUAUGUUUAUUUUCCAAAUUAAAGAAUUUUAUUUGUAACAAAGACCGCCAUGGAAAAACAAAAUUGUAUUCAAAACAAUAUUAAUCAGUGAAACGACUUAAUAGUCAAACACUACUUUAUUAAACUUAAACUGUUUUUAAAUAACGGGUGUUUUUUUUUUAUUUGUGGUCAAAGCUAUUUAAGAAAGUUUGAUUGUGAACGAACCAUCGCAUUGAAAGUUAUUAUUCUGACAUUUUUUGACACCGCGCCGGGCGUAUACCAACCUAUAAAAAAUUGUCGUCUGUUCACAACACACUCAUAUCACCGUGAAAAAACACGUAUAGUUUAAAACAUUAACCAUUGUCAAUGCACUUUAGCCGAAAUUUACAAAAUAAUGAAAAGUUUUUAUUUAUUUUUAUAAUUUUUAUUAUACAUUUCGUGCUACUUUUACUUUACAU